AUGAACUCGACAAACUGGGACACCUUUGGUCCUGGGAGUUCAACCCACACUGGUGCGUUGGUUACCUCGGCGAUGUUGGCUUCUUCAACCUUCAGUUCAGGCUGCAUCCCCUUCGAUGAUGAGGGAGGUGACAAAAACGACGCUGAGGAAAGCGAUGAUGACAUCAAUGGCGGUGGCGAUGCGCCGCUCAUCAUCCUGGAGAUCCAGCCUCCGGACAUCAACGAGGAGGAGACGAUGGAGAUCUCCAUCACACAUAGAGGUAGGCCAAUCACCCCUCCGGUGACCCAGCCACCCCUGCACGCCACCUUCUCUUCCCACGACAUUAGCAGCGGCUGCAUCAGCGUCGGCGCCAUCAGCAAGUCCCCCACCAGCACCGACGACUCCGCCUGCACAGGGCGCCUUUUUUACUGGUCAUUGCCAUGGGCGCCUCCAGUUUUCCCACCAUCUCGCCCGCCUCACUCCAACGCCGCCAGCGUCAUGGGCGAGGGACCGCAGAAGCCUCCGGGCGGGCAGCGCGUCAUCCCCUGCGACGUCGAGCCGGCGCCGCGGGCCUGCUCGGGGCUGCAUAUGCUGGCUCUUGCCACCAUCCUCGUGCUCUGGGGCCUCAAGUUCCUGUCGGCCACCCACUUCUGCCACCCCGCCGGCCCCGGCCGCAACUGGAUCCCCUUGAACACCUCGCGCCACCCCGCGGAUGUGCCGCAUCAGGUUGGAAGUGUGGAUAUCUUCUCUUGGAUAAGCUGUAUGGAUCUUCGUACGCUUGCUGUGCUGACAAACUCCACACUGUCUAGCUCAAGUGAUCCACAUGAUGUAUCCUUCACGUUCUUGAUACCAGAAGGAGGCAAUGAUCAAUUGCCCUUCUACAAGAUAAUAUCAGUAAUACCUGGUUCAAACCUUACCGUUACUAGUCAAAAGAAAAUCAAGGAUAAGCUAAACGUUGCUACUCCAGAGGGAAACUUCUUAUGGUCAUUCCGCAAAGAGCUGUCACCAAUCAUUAUCGCAACUCACUUCUCACGAAAGAGACAUGUUUAUAUCUCAGCAGACUCAAUUGUAAAGGGAACAGUUGAAGACCUUGUCCCCAUUGACUUAGGCAGUUACGCCAUCAGUGCUGCUGAAGAUUGUAGCAAGCGCCUUGGUGAUUACAUCAGUACGGAUGUUCUGAGUGCUGUUCAAAGAACAGCUCCAAAAGGUUUGGUAUAUACUGAACCUUUUGACAAGGACAGGUGCUUACUUGAUUUUGAUGUGCUUAUUGUGGAGCCACACAAUCUGAAGAGGAAUCUGAUUGAUUCUAUCGUGUUCUGGGCCAAGGCUGUCAACCUAGCUAGUCAAAGGGACAACAUUAGGUUGGCAAUGACUCUGGCCUUCUAUGACGAUUAUCUAAAGCUCCCUACCUACUGGAAUCGCGCAAAUGCUAACACGGACAUUCUCUACUACGAUGGACCCAAGAAUGUUUGCUCUGAAGAUGGCCAUCAGCAUGAAGAAAAAGGCUCCGGCGAGGCCUGGCAACAGUACCUCAGUCAGAAGUCCAAUGCUAUGUUGAGCACCUGAAAGACGCACUUCAUCAUAUGUGCUCCAUUGCGUGGUAGUGGAAGAUCAGCAUUUGAUAGCGAUU